GCCUAGAUCCCAGCUGUUGGACACUGAUAUGGAUUAUGAACGUCCCAAUGUUGAGACGAUAAAGUGUGUGGUAGUUGGAGACAACGCUGUUGGAAAGACACGCCUUAUCUGUGCGAGAGCAUGCAAUGCCACUCUGACCCAAUAUCAACUUCUUGCUACACAUGUGCCAACUGUAUGGGCCAUAGAUCAAUAUCGUGUGUGCCAGGAGGUAUUGGAGCGCUCUCGUGAUGUGGUUGAUGAUGUCAGUGUGUCCCUCAGGCUUUGGGACACAUUUGGAGACCAUCAUAAAGACCGGCGGUUUGCUUAUGGAAGGUCUGAUGUGGUCGUUCUCUGCUUCUCAAUUGCUAAUCCCAAUUCACUCCAGCAUGUCCAAACCAUGUGGUACCCAGAAAUAAAGCACUUUUGCCCUCGUGCCCCUGUUAUUUUGGUUGGAUGUCAGUUGGACCUGCGCUACGCUGAUUUGGAGGCUGUGAAUCGUGCUCGCCGCCCUUUAGCCAGGCCAAUUCGCCCUCAGGAGAUUCUUCCACCUGAGAAGGGUCGGGAGGUAGCCAAAGAGCUGGGCAUUCCAUACUAUGAAACUAGCGUGGUUGCUCAGUGUGGCAUCAAGGAGGUUUUUGAUAAUGCCAUCCGUUCAGCACUUAUCUCUCGCCGCCAUUUACAAUUCUGGAAGUCACAUUUACGAAGCGUGCGUAAACCAUUACCACAGGCCCCUUUUCUUCCUCCACGGCCUCCUCCACCCGUCAUUGUUGUUCCAGAUCCCCCAGCACAAAGUGAGGAUCACCCUGGGCACCUUCUGGAGGAGGCAUCUUGUGCUGAUGUGGUGCUGGUGGUCCAAGAAAGGAUUCGAAUUUAUGCCCACCGCAUCUACCUCUCCACUGCUUCCUCCAAAUUCUGUGACCUUUUCCUCAUGGAAGAUGGAGACCCACCUGCCCAAGCCAGGGACCCCCUUCUACGUGCCUCCAGCUUUGAUGCCUGUGAGGCUUCAGGAGAAACUGAGGGAGGAGGAAUGAGAACCUCAGCCAGUGAUGGUACAUUGGGAAGGGAAGGGGACAGAGACUUAUCAGGAUGGAGCAGGGCCUUUGAGAGCAUACGAAGUGGAGUUCUGGAAGAACCGCCUGGCUACAGGGCCAGAAGAGUGACUGUUGUAAAAAUGGACAGCUCAGUGAGGUCUGGACCAUUCAGAGCUGUGCUUAAAUAUUUAUACACUGGGCGACUGGAUGAACGGGAACCAGAGUUGAUGGAAGUUGCCCAUAUUGCAGAACUGCUGGAGGUGUUUGACCUGCGAAUGAUGGUGGCUAACAUUCUGAAUCGAGAAGCCUUUAUGAACCAAGAAAUAACCAGGGCUUUCCAUGUCCGGAGGAGCAAUCGCAUCAAGGAGUGUCUAGCAAAAGGGAUCUUCUCUGAUGUCACUUUCGUGCUGGAUGACGGAAGUAUAAAGGCCCAUAAACCUCUGCUGAUCUCCGGCUGUGACUGGAUGGCAGCCAUGUUUGGAGGCCCCUUUUUGGAGAGUAGCACAGCUGAGGUGGUGCUCCCCUAUACCUCUAAGGCCAGUAUGCGUGCAGUGCUUGAGUAUCUCUACACUGGGCAGUUCACUGCAGGAUCUGAUCUUGACCCACUGGACCUCAUCAUACUGGCAAACAGACUUUGCCUGCCCCAUUUAGUGGCUCUGACAGAGAAACACACAGUGUCGGUGAUGAUGGACGCAUCUCUGAAUAACAAGGACAUAGAUGGAGACGCUCUUAUGUUACUGGAGGCUGCCCAGUUCCAUGGAGCUCAGCAGCUGGCAGCCUGGUGUUUACAUCACAUCUCUACAAACUACAACCGUGUCUGCAGAAAAUUCCCCCGAGAAAUUAAGCUCGUCUCCCCAGAGAAUCAGCAGAUUCUGGAGGCUCAGCGGUGGCCCCCCGUAUGGUACCUUAAGGAGGAAGAUCACUUUCAGAGAGCUCAGAGAGAACGUGAGAAGGAGACAGCUCUGCACCAGAAGAGGCAGCCCAAGAGACGCUGGUUGUUUUGGAACAGCUCCAGUACAGGAUCCCCAGCAUCCUCUACUACUUCCUCCUCCGCGGUGGGUUAG